AAUAGUAACGUAUUUGUUUUACCACCAGUCGGACGACGUUAACUAGGUACCAAGCUACUUAAUAAUUUAAUUCUUGUAAAGUUAAAAUAAAUAAUGGAUGAAAGAGUCGAUUUAGUUGUGUUGGGUGCCACAGGAUUCACAGGACGAUACGUUGUUAAAAAUUUAGCUUCAAUUAACAAGGAAACUGAUUACUCCGAUUUGACUUGGGGUAUAGCAGGACGUUCGAAAGAAAAGCUGAAUUAUUUGUUGGUGGAGCUGGUCGAUAAAGGUGUUAACAUAAAGAAUAUACCAGUAAUAGAAUGCGAUAUAAAAAACGAAGCCAUGGUGUACGAAGUGUGUCGCCGAGCAAAAGUGGUAGUAAAUUCCACCGGCCCUUACACUACCCUAAGCGAGGUGGUGAUCAAGACCUGCAUACAAACUAAAACGCAUUACGUUGAUAUUUCUGCCGAGCUACACCAAAUGCUCAGUAUAUUCAAACGUUAUAAUAAAGCAGCAGAAGAAGCCAAUGUUCUAAUUAUUGGUGCUUGCGGGUAUGGCUCCAUACCAGCGGUAAUGGGUUUCGUUCACCUGCAAAAUCAUUUUAAAGGCACAUUGCAAACAGUUGAAUGCUACACAGAAAUAGAAAUGCCAAAAAGGGUAUAUAGUUUGGGAAACAUACUAUGUGGCGGGGACAAUUGUCUCGUACACUUCGGGACAUGGGACUCACUAGUGCACGAAUUGGGAAACUUUCCAGAAUACUUCCGGAUGAAGCAAGAAAUAUUUCCUGAUGCUAUAUAUGGGCCAGAGCCAGAGGAUAUUAAAAAGUCAUUUUUUCACCGAAAGAGCGCAAAAAUUUGGUUCCCUUAUCCGGGCCCUGAUAGUAACAUUGUGGAUAUGACACAGCGGUACUUAUACGAAAAAGAAGGGAAACAGCCAGUUCAUUUUAAGAUGUACACAACAAUGCCACUACUGAUACAUUUAAUUCUUAUAAUACCGAUUUUCUAUUGUUAUUACUGGCUGUCUUAUUUCAAGUGCUUUAGAACAUUGUUACGGAGAUAUCCUAGAUUCUUUACGGCUGGAUUUAUGAGCCACGAAGGGCCAAGUGAAGAAAAUAUGCACGAUACAAAAUAUAACUUUGUACUAUCGGGCAACGGCAGGGUAAACAACAAAAAUAAGAGAACGCAUUUAAAGGUUUUUGGGACGCACCCGUACGAAGCCACAGCUAUAGCCUUUAUGUUCUCGGCAAUUACUAUAUUAAAAGAUUAUUCGUAUAUGCCAAAAGGUGGUGUGCUUACAACAGGUGCAGCAUAUUACAAAACCAAAUUAAUUGAUAGACUAAAUAACCAUGGUAUCAAUUUUGAGUUUCUCUCCGAUGAUGGAGAGGAAAUAACUGAAAACAAAAGAAUGAAGAGCAAAAUUGAGAGUAUGACGUAAAGAUAGCAAGUCCUUCCAUUUUGCCUGCAAUUUUCUAUGUAAGGAAAGGGAAAGUGUGGUACGAUCGCCCACACUAUUAACCGAGUUCGUAAACCUUAUUACAAAAGGCAUAAGGUCCACCGAUUGGUAUUGCUGUUUGUACCUAAAGUACUAAAGUACUCAUAUUGACAGACAUUAAGUGAGCAAUAUAUAAUUAACCCUUUGAACGCCAGACGGCGGAGAAAUAUAUAUGUCGUGCCCCGGACGCCCGGGCGAUCGCUAUUAUUGAACGGAAUUGAACUUUACAGAGUCCCGCGUAAGUCCCUAUUGCAUUGGCGAAGCUGACGGCUGGGCUGUAGCCGUCCUUGGCAAGACUUUCCGAUGACGUCCACAGCCGUCUGUGGCAGUCAAAGGGUUAAUUAAGCGCGUGCGAUAAAGAUAGGAAAUGGCCUGUAAUGUACGAAAUUCUUUGUACUUAGUAGAAUCUCUUUAACCUGUUUAGAAAAGUUUGGCCCGCAAAGGAAAUUGGUGAACUGUAUUUUAAUGGAUGAAAAUAAAAAACAUAUCAGUCUUAA